AUGCAACACUAUUUAGUCUAUUUUGAAGCUAGCCACGCCCACCAGUAUUAUGAUUCUAUACGCGCCCAAAAGAGCGUGGACUCCUCCUACUGGCUGAGGCCUGCACUCUCCAUCCAUCUUCUCAUGUUCGCUACCAUGAUGCUACGAAUCUCAUUCCCAGGCCGAGGCCAUCACAAACUCACUCUCGCCAUGUGGAGAACCACAGAACAACCACUGCUUUCACUUCUUUCCGCCGUGCUGCUAACGAUCGCCGCCAUCUCCUCCGCCUCCACUUCUUCCUCCGACGCCUACCCCUCCGACGCCUAUCCCUCCGCCUACGGCGACGGCGCCUGCUCCGUCUCCGCUAGCGACCUUACUCCGGUGAGAAGGGAAGUCUACGAUGAUGGAAGAAUCUUCGACAUCAGCUACAGGUAUACUCCGGACAUGCCCUCCUGGGGCUCAGAGGACGGGCUCGGUCAGUUCCUUUGGCUGCCGAAGAGUAUGAAGAACGGCUCGUUCGCGAACAACUCCGAGAUGAAGCUCCCCACCCACACCGGUACGCACGUCGACGCGCCGGGACAUGUCUUUGAUCACUACUUUGAUGCCGGCUUUGAUGUUGAUACUCUUGACCUUGAAGUGCUCAACGGUCCUGCAUUGUUGGUUGAUGUUCCAAGGGACAAGAACAUAACUGCUGAGGUCAUGAAGUCCUUAAAUAUUCCCAGAGGAGUGCGCCGUGUGCUUUUCAGAACAUUGAACACUGACAGGCAACUUAUGUUUAAGAAGGUAUUUGACACAAGCUAUGUGGGGUUCAAGAAAGACGGUGCAAAAUGGCUGGUAGAGAAUACAGACAUUAAACUUGUUGGAAUUGAUUACUUAUCUGUUGCUGCAUAUGAUGAUUUGUAUCCUUCUCAUCAUGUUUUCCUUGAAGGCAGGGAAAUCAUUCUCGUGGAAGGCCUGAAACUUGAUGGUGUCCAAUCAGGAAUAUAUGAUGUUCAUUGCUUGCCUCUCAGGUUGCUUGGUGCCGAGGGAUCACCUAUAAGAUGCAUUCUCAUCAAAUGAUAACUUCUUGUAAGUUUAAUGUUUAGUGUAGUGACUUACCACUCUUGUUUAUCACGAUCUAGAUGUUCCUGCCAUGUUUGGGCUUUAGUUCAGAUAAAGGAUUUUGUUAUAGAAAAGUAAAGGAAAAGAAAAUAAGAAAAAAAAUAAUUUUUUCUUUA